UCAGUCCAAAUUCAGGCACAGCUGGUACUUCAUUAUUGUCAUCAUCCUUCUAACCUGUUCUGGAAUGUUUGAGAGCGCCGCGUACCUGCAGGGCAAGGUCACCGGGAGCCUUCCUGUCCGGCCUGCGGGCCUAUUUUGGGGAUGAUGGUUUCCUAGACGGACUCAGCAUCACAGCGGCUUACGAACGGGAAUUGUGCCAAAUCAGGAUAUGAAAUCUCAGACGAGAGGACAUAUUUUGUGCCUGGUGAUAGGAUCCAGACAGCAGAUGGAUUUUUAUGACUGACAUUUUUUUAAAAGAAGACUUCCAUAGAAUAAACUUUUUGUCCUUCAUGGACUCAAGCAUCCUGAAUCCACCUUUCAGUAGCACUCCACUUGCCUGCAAACACCCUCGGUGCUCUUAUGCAUUAGAAUCACAGCACUCAACUAUUUCAAGGAUUUAACAAAAAGAAGAAGAAGAAGAAGAAGAGGCGCGCUCACGGCCGGUCGCAGCAUCAGCACCAGCAUCCCAUGCGCGUCCCCGCACCGGUCGAGGCUGACCGAGAUCCCGGGAAGAGGAGAGUUGGAUGAGUUAAAGUUGAGGGUUACGGGGUGGUGACGGUGAUGAGAGCAUGCUGCGGGGACAUUCUACGAUCUAAUUAACAUUUUCCAUGCGGGGAAAAGGCAGCCUUAAAAGUGAAUGAUGACUUGCCACAUAUUGACUUUAUUCCUAUUGUGUUUGGCUGUGCGGCAUUGCCCAUCACAAAAAUGUGUGGACCCGCUGGUUUCUGGCUUGUAUGCCUCGUCCUUCCUGGCCUCCUCCAGAUAUAACUUUCUCUACUCUGCCAAUUUCGCCAAGUUGUAUGGCAGCAGUGGCUGGUCGCCGUCGCCCAGAGAUCGACAGCCAUGGCUGCAGGUGGAUCUGGGCAGAAAGUACCGCCUGAGGGCCAUCGCCACCCAGGGCACCUUCAACUCGUACGACUGGGUCACCAAGUACAGUCUCCUCUACGGAGACAGGCCGGAUUCCUGGACGCCGUACAUCAUGAGAGGAGGCAACUCUACCCUGCCUGGAAACUGGAAUUAUUAUCAGGUGAAGAGGAAUGUCUUCCAUUAUGCCUUUACCGCGAAACACAUUCGCCUGCUGCCUCUGGCAUGGAACACGGAGAACGGAGGGAAGAUUGGCGUGAGGCUGGAGCUGUUUGGAUGCCAUUAUGAUUCCUAUGUGCUGCAGUACAACGGGGACGACUCGGUGGUCUAUGCGUACCCUGGGAAGAGGUCCCGCACACUCAAUGACCACAUUGCCAUAAACUUUAAGACACUGGAGCAAGAUGGACUGCUGCUACACAGCGAGGGGGUCCAGGGAGACCUCUUCACCCUCGAGCUGAAGAGAGGACGUCUCUACCUGCAUAUCAGCCUCGGAAGUAGUGUUAUACACAAAUCAGAUGGCCGGACGACUCUGGUGGCUGGCAGCCUUCUGGAUAAUCUCCACUGGCACUAUGUCACCAUCAAGCGCUCGGGUCGACAGGUGAAUUUCACCGUGGACAGCCAGACAGUGACGGCCAUCUGUAACGGAGAGUUUAGCCACUUGGAUCUGGACAAUAAGUUGUAUGUUGGUGGAGUGAUAGAACCAAACAUGCCUCACCUGCCCACCACCCCAAAUUUCCGGGGCUGCCUGGAGAAUGUCUUCAUCAACGACAUCAAUAUCAUCUAUAAGGCGAAGAGGGAAGAAGAGGACAUCAUUAUACCAAGAAAGAAAAAGAUGCACUUCGCCUGCCGUGACAUUCUCCUCAAACCGAUGACCUUUGCCGGACCCAACAACUACCUGCAAGUGCCAGGCUUCUUCAGGAGGCCACGGAUGUUUGUCAAGUUUAAGUUCCGCUCGUGGGACUACACAGGGCUGCUCAUGUUCACGCGCUUCGCUGAUGACCUCGGCGCCCUGGAGCUGGGUCUGAGUGAGGGUCAGAUCAACGUGACCAUCUUUCAACCCGGCAAGAAGAAAUUGCAGUUUGCUGCAGGUUACAGGCUUAAUGAUGGUUACUGGCAUUCAGUGGAUUUGGCAGCCAGAGAUAACCUCCUCACUCUCACAAUUGACGAGGAGGAGGGUUCCCCGCUGAAGAUCACCAACCCCUUCACCAUACGCACAGGGGACCGCUACUUUUUUGGAGGAUGUCCGAAAACCAAUAACACAAUACGGAAAUGCGAGACCAAGCUAAACCGCUUCCACGGCUGCAUGCAGCACAUCUUCAUAGACAACGAGCAGCUUGACAUUGACAUUAUCCUGCAGCGACAGUGGGGGCGCUAUGCUGAACUGCUGUUAGGAACAUGUGGCAUCACCGACAGAUGUAGUCCCAAUCCCUGUGAGCACGAAGGCAGAUGCAUCCAGUCCUGGGAUGACUUCAUCUGUCUGUGUGAAAACACUGGCUAUAAAGGAGAAGUGUGUCAUAUGUCUGUUUAUAAAGAGUCAUGCGAGGCCUACAGGCUCAGUGGCAAGUACUGGUCCGGAAAUUACACCAUUGAUCCGGAUCUGAGUGGACCGCUGAAGCCAUUUGAGGUGUACUGUAAAAUGAAAUCCUACAAAGCUUGGACCGUGAUCCUGCAUGACCGUGUGGACGGCACCAAGGUGAUGGGGAGUUCAAUAGACAAGCCGUACAUCGGCGACGUCAACUACUGGAAUGCCUCCUGGGAUGAAGUCACAGCCCUGGCCAACACCUCCAUGUACUGCGAGCAGUGGGUGGACUACUCCUGCUAUAAGUCCCGCUUCCUCAACACACCGAAUGGACGACCUUUUGGUUACUGGAUUGGCCGCAACAAUGAGAGUCAUUAUUACUGGGGUGGAACUUUCAGAGAGGUCCAAAAGUGCGGUUGUGCAAUCAACCAAACCUGCAUUGACCCCAAGUAUCAAUGCAACUGUGAUGCAGACUACAGACAAUGGUACUCUGAUAAAGGCUACCUGGACUUUAGGGACCACCUUCCUGUCAGGAGGGUGGUGAUUGGCGACACCAACAGGACCGGCUCAGAAGCACAGUUCACAGUAGGACCCCUUCGCUGCCACGGCGACAGAAACAUCUGGAACACUAUAUCCUUCACUAAACCUGCCAACAUCACCUUCCCGACCUUCAAGCCGGGCUCCAGUGCUGACAUCUCGUUCCAUUUCAAAACCUAUCGAUACGACUCUGUCUUCUUGGAGAACUCAGAUGACCACCUUCGGAACUUUAUUCGGAUAGAGCUCAACACCACCCAUAACAUUGUAUUCAUAUUCAUGGUGGGGGAUGGGAUCCAGAAUGUGACCCUACGCUCCCCCGUACCACUCAAUGAUAACGAGUGGCACUUUGUCCAGGCUGAGAUCAAUGUGAAGCUGGCUCGGAUCAAAGUCGACUACCAACCUUGGGCUGUCAGGCGUUUCCCAAGUCAGACUUUUGUCACCAUGAAGUUCACCAAUCCUCUUGUAGUAGGUUCACGCAACUUUACCCAAAAACCUUUUUUGGGUUGCCUCAGAGGGUUACGGUUGAACGGUGUUCCUCUGGAUUUGGAAGGGAAGGUCGAUGAAGAAAGAGGUAUUAGAAGGAACUGUACAGGACAGUGUCUCAAUGCGACCAUACCGUGUCGCAACAGUGGACAGUGUAUUGAAGGCUACGCCUCCUACACUUGUGACUGCAAUAACACCGCCUUCGAUGGGUUCUACUGCCAUAAAGACAUUGGUGCCCACUUCGAGUUGGGCUCCUGGUUGAGGUACAAUGUGCGAAAGAAGCCAAUAUCCGAUGAGGCGGCUUGGGCCAACUGGAUCGACCCACAUUACGACAAUUUCAGCUUGGGCUACAAUGACACGGCGGAUGAUAUUGAGUUCAGUUUCAGCACGGUCUACACGCCGGCUGUGCUGCUCUACAUCAGCUCCUUCGUCCAUGACUACAUUGCUGUGGUCCUCAAGACCGAUGGUAGCGUAGAUCUAAGGUAUAAACUGGGACUCAUUACCCACAAGUACGAGCUGACUCGGAGAAACCUAGCAGAUGGAUACCCGCAUUACAUCAACAUAACCAGACACAACAGGACCAUCAAAACACAGGUGGAUUUCAUGGAGCCCAUUGUGGAGAAGAUCACUUUGGUGGAGGAUGCAAGGUUUGACUCUCCAAAGUCCAUGUUCCUGGGCAGAGUGAUGGAGGUUGGAGACAUUGACUACGAAAUCCAGAGGCACAACGCCCCGGGCUUCAUCGGCUGUAUAUCUGGAGUGAGAUACAACGUCUACGCCCCCCUAAAGGCUCUCUUCCGGCCCAAUGAAACGGAUCCUCCAGUAACGACGCAAGGUUACGUCUCUGAGUCCAACUGUGGCGCCUUUCCUCCGGUCCUAGGAUACGUCCCUUGGGAAGUAGAUCCGUGGUUUACUAGCAUAGAAUAUAUAUACAUCCAUGAUGACCUAGGUCUGUUUUGGAUAAUAGUCAUCGUCAUCCUGGCGCUGCUGCUGCUGCUGACGGGCCUGUAUGCCAUCUACGUAUACGCGUACCAGCAGAAGGGCAGCUACCGCACCAACGAGCCCAAAAACCUGGAGUCCCCCAGCAGCUCCCGGCCGCUGACGGAAACCCUGAGACGGGAUAAGAAGAGCCUGGGCGGAAUAGAAGAGUAGCUUGAAGCAAAGCUACAGGGGACCAAUGGGACAGUGACUUUGGGAAGCACUCACAUUAUUUUACUUCUUUGCAUUGUUUAUUUUGGAUAUACACAAGACGUAUUGCUAGUGGGUUUGACACAGUGGGCAGCCUCAAACAUAUCUGAAGGGGGAAGGUUUAGUGAGCAUCACAAUUCAUUCCACAAUCCAGUCAAACGGAUUAGCAACGCAUGCAUGCUAGCUCCUAGGGAAAGCCAGGAUCAAAUUGGAUUAAAGUGGUCAGCGUCUGUGAGACUGCCUUAACGCAAAACUGAUGUAUGAGGUGUGUCCGAAAAGUUCCACGACCGUUGAUUCUUUGAUAUGAGGGAUAUUGUCCACUUCGAGUUCUUACCACAGGGCCAGACGAUCAACCAAAAAAGAGAUCCUGCUUCGUUCAUUACGUGCCAAGACGCUAGAGUUGUGGCAGGACAAUGUACCUGCUCAAUAUGCCCUGAGCAUCCGACACUUCCUGGCGGAGAAGAAUAUCCCCGUACUGCAGCAACCUGCCUACUCACGCCUGAUUUUUUCAUUUUUCCCAAGAAGAAUCCUUCCAUGAAUACACAAAGACGUGGCAGAGAAGGUUGGGAAAGUGCGUUAGACUCCAGGGGGAUUACUUUCAAAGGAAAACAUGUAGUUUGGAUUUGAAAUAUAUAUGUUGUGACUCCGGUCCUGGAACUUUUCUGACACACUUUAUAAUAAACUUGCUGCAUCUACCCAAUCAGAUGUUUCAUAUUGUAAACAUUUGUAUGUACAUUUAAUCUUUGUACAGUUGGGGGCCAUGCAUCAUAUUUUGGUGUCCAUCAGGGAUGUGUUCUUGGUCCCACAUUGUUCAGUACUAUUGGGUGGUCUGUGACUGGAGUAGGAGAAAGGGGAGAUUUGCCAAUCUUGACUUGGUAGAUGAUGCGCAAAACCAAUCUCUGGAAUCGUCUUUGGUGUCCUGGUUAAAGACUGAAAUGCGGACAGUCAAUCAUUUUUCGGAUACCGGUCCCAGUCCAAUGUGGGAAGACACAGCGGGUUCACUUACCUUGGCAGUGACAUCCACUGUUCUGGAGUCCAUGAACCGGAGUUAUUUAUAGUACAUCCAGUAUUUAGCCUCCUGGUGCUCCUGUUCUUGCUUUAUGGCUGUGAAAACUGGACAUUAACCUGUUAUCUCAGAGUGUACUACUUUGGUACAGUGUCUGAGAUCCAAAUAGGAUGUCAAUGUAACAUAUAGUUCGUGAACGCCAACUAAGAAUGACCCAACUAAUUGGUACCUGAUGGGCGGUCAAAACCCAGAAUGAUCACUGGUGAAGAUCCCCUGGCCUUUAGGCGUGUGCCCUACACUCCAAACUUGGCUCAAUCGAAACAUUCAAAUCAGUUAUGUCUAAAUCUUGAAACAAUGUUUCCAGCAAUAGGCAGAGGGUGCAAGUAAUUCAGACCUAGUGUAGUUUGCUACCUGAACGGGCUGCAGAAGAAACCAAAACAGGAAUGGAAUUAAAAGUACUUUACAAGGCUCGAUUAAGAACAUGGCCAGAUCAUUUGAAACUACAAAAAUUACAAAGAUUUGUUGUAAAUAUUGCGCUGUGAUAAUUACCUACACAGUGGUGAAAAGGGGAUGGAGUGAGGUUCCCCAGACUAGCAAAGUUGGUAUGUAGAAAUGUACAUUUAGGGUUUAGGGUUGGUGAAGGACCACUUAAAGUAGAACAAAAUACAUAUUCAAAUAGAAUAUCGCAAUAUCAUAAUAGCUUGAAUAGGUGCGAGGAUAGUGUGAUGUUUAUUGUGUAGUAUGCUCCCCAGAAGAAAAUACAGGAAGUCAAAAUUCAUGCUUUAUACUGCUUCCAGUAUAAUUAAAGCUAACUUUACUUUACAAAAGUAUCUGGCGAAGGACCAUUCGAACUGGGGUGGGGGCUUGGGGGACACAUAACAUUGGUUGUAAUACUGCAAUACUGUAACAUAACAGCCUAAAGAGUGGUGAAAGUGGAUGGAGUUAGGUUCCACAGGCUGUAAAAGUAAGCUUGAUGAUAGAUCAACAAAAUGUAAAAUGAAUGUAAAAAAAAAAAAAAAAGAACCAUUUGUUCAAAUGCUCGUCCUUAUUGGCUACCAUGCAAGCCUCAUGAGGACUGUGGAAAAAGUUCCAAAAGCCACGCCGAUUAAUUAAACCCACUAGCAACAGCCAUCGAGGACUAAACGUCCUCACCGCCUACUUAAUUCAUUCAAUCAUCCUUUUUUGGUCGUUACUAUUUGGUUUUGAACCCCAUUUGGAUGGGAUCUAAUGCCUGGUGCUGUACAUAGUUUGUAUUUUGCGAUAAGUCAUUCAAGCCCCCACUUAUUUUUGCCAGUCGCCACCAAGUCUCACACUGUCCUGCAGCGUGAAAUACUGAAGUGCCUCAUCUGAGCAAGCUUGACCUUUCCCCCCAGUAACCACGUAAGGAAAUUAAAUCUAACUUAUAAGUGAUCGUUUUCUGAUCCCCUUUUCUGCCCAAUUUAGCCUCCCGGUAUUCUACUGUAUGUGAACGCUAUACCUUCUUUGACGACAAUCUCUGCCGGUGAAGUCCCAGUUGACUUCAAAGUACUUGCAAACGUAAAACCAACAAAAAAAAAUACUUGUUUGUGAAUGAAAUACGCUGGCAAAGCAUGAACAAAGAUUGCAAGAGGUACAUACUGUAGGUUUGUGUGCGUUGUACUCUAAAGCAUAGCAGUGCAUUACGUACUGUAUACACAAUGUACGCGGUCCAGAAACGCAAUACUGUAUUAGUUGUGCUGCAGCUUUGCCAAUGGCAGCAUUUAUUUAAAGGGGUGGCUUCAAAUACGAUACCGUAAUGAUAAUGAGGCGCAAACAGUGGCGACCAUUCGAGUUCUACUCUCAUCUGUCUUGCAGCACCGGGUGUUUCUCCUUUAAGAAAAACAAUAUGCACACACUCUAAUGUGUGUCACAUGUACGGUUAGCAUACUUUGGUAGUUGGUAAACUUGGGAGGUUCCCACCCUGGUGCGGUUCCUUUUCAUACCAAAAACGCAUCACAACAAAAACCACCCUACAUCGCAACUCGUAAACAGGAAGAAGCGUACGCAGUAGUGAGUGAAACUGCUAACAAACACAACAUGGCACAAAAUGUAAUAAUUACAUGGAUAAUCUGGCAGGAUUAAGUAAAACGGUAAAGACAACAUGGUGCUAACAGGUGACAUGCUAACAGUGUACAUCUUAAGACGAAAACAUGUUUGGUGAGUCAAGGGUCAAAUCUUUUUACACUACGUACUUGCAUCCCCAUGUUAAAAUGGAAUGCAAUUUGACGUUAUCGCAUCGAAAUAUGCGAAAUCUAGCCAAACAUCAAACUUACUGUAGCUAGCGCUGCCUCCGCCAUGACACCUGUGCGCUUUGUUUGUACUUAACAGUGUGUAUUUAUCAUCAUUAAAUAUGUACUUAACCGCCACUAAAUACUCCUAUAAUAAGUUUGCUGCAAAAUUAUGACUUGUUACGAAUAACCUGACAAUUUUUUGUCUUCCGACUUUUUUCUCGCAAAAUUACAUAUUUUAUUCUUGGAAAAUUCUGACUUUAUUCUUCUAAUUUUUUACUGGAAAAUUAUUUUAUUGUACUACAAUUACAACGUUUCUCCGUGAAAGUCUGACUUUUGUCUUGUAAAAUUAUGAUUAGUGUUCUUUGUUUUAGUAAAAAUGAUUUGUCAUAAGUCAUAAGUUUGUGACUAUUCUCAGAGUUGUUUUUUUUUUGCUCGUUUUGUUACGUGGUACCAGUGGACACCUAUACAAUUUUUUCACGAGUACAUCAUGUGAAAUUUGAAAACAAAAAUCAUUUUAACCAGCGGAAAUCAUGUUUAAAGCUCAAUAGUUGCUUUGUUUGUCAAUUCAGUCGAUGCAUACGCCAACUGUUAAGGCUACCUGUCGUACCACGCCAUAGUACGAAAUCAGGCCACAUGAACCGCACCAAGAGGGAAAAAAAAACAGACUAAAAAGUGCAAGUGUGAAAACACCCUAAAUCACUAUACAUGUAUGGGAGGACCAUGAUGGUGUAAUGCCAACUUUUUGCUGAUAUUUCAUGCGUCGUGUGGUAGCGUCCCAUUAAACUCAAACGCAACAUAGUUUGAGCUUUGCAGUAGCAAUCAUCACUCUUAGCUUAGCAGCUAUUGUCUUUGUAAAACAAAGAGCAUGACUCCAAUGACAGUACAAGAUACUUCUUAAGCCACUUUUAUUUAAGUGACUUUUAUUGCGUUUUGAACGCGACUGAUCAGCGCUAACAUUUAAGCUAGCUUUACAGAACGCUCAGGACAGAGAAAGUACAAUUACUUGCUCCCUUUAGCUAUUAAAACAAUGUACAUUUGUUAGCUUCUACUUUUGCUUGAUUGUACAGAGAGAGGAUGUAAAGUGUGGUACGGUACUACAAGCGGCUACAAAAGUAUGCUAAUGUACUGAUACUGCCGGCAAUGUCACACUAUAUUUUUGAAGAAUGUGCUGUAAAGAUGAAUGUAAACGGCAGUGACUGCUUGUCAGUAAUACGCAUGAUUGCGUUUUUAAAUGAACACAAUCUGACAAAAGGUGUUACUAUUAGCUUGUUAGCUUAGCUUCUCACUUACCACGUGCGGUCCCUCAAGCGUGUGUGUGUGUGUGCUUGCUUGCUUGCUGUUGUCUUUCUAACUUAGCGUGGCACGACUCAUGACAUUUUGUUUUGGGGAAAUUGGCUAACUGGCUAACUUCCUGGUUGCUUGGCUUACUUCCUGGCCACCAUGUUUGAGUGCGAUCACAGUUUACGAACACACCAACAAUCCUGUGCACGGAUGCCAACAAACCAGAUUCACUUCUUGUUGUGCACCAACAGUAAUACAAUGAAGAAAAAAUUAUAUAUAAAAAAAAGAUAAGUUGCAUUGGGUGACAAGAGCCUUAAAUGCCCACUAGAGGGGGCUAGAGUGAUAGUUCCACAUUUCUUUGCAAGACGCUUUGUGUGUUGGAAGCUGAACUGACAUUUUCACUCCAUUAGGUACCACCGAAUGGGAUCCAACGCAAGAGCUGCAUCACACAAUUCUGCAACAAGCACAUUGUUCAAUUAAUAGCUCUCUGACGGUGUCAACCUAAACUCUUCUCGUGGAUCCAAAUCGUACCUAAUAAAGUGUCUACAAGUCAAAAUGCAGAUUCAGGUUUGUGCUCUCACUUUACCUUUGUGUCACUGUAAAUGUCCAUUAUUAUUAUUAUUAUUAUUAUUGUUAUUGUGUAUAAACCAAAUUCACCUCAAUAAAAAAAAGCCUGAAGGA